UUUAUCCUAGACCUAGACUCGCGAGGUUUCCCCCUACGACUGCGUGGUAUAGAAGAAAUAGCUAACCGACUGCUCGCCGACCGGAAUGCACUACCCAACACAAUCGCUAAAUACGGUAUCGACCUGGCCGAUAUCUAUAACUUCGAUGAGGUUAGCUUUAUAAUAGGCGUUAUU